UCUCUCUCUCUCUCUCCAUUUCAAGUCUUCACUUCAGUGGUCGCUCUCACGCGUAAACGCAAACCCAUAGGUCCUCUUCUUCAAGAUUUUCAAGAACUAACAUGUCUCUUCCUUACACUUCUCUUUCAUUUCUCUGAAUUUCUUUAUUUUGGUUCUCAUGAAAACUCAUAACCCCACUUGGAAGAAUUUCGAUUUAACUUCCCUUUCAAGCUCCAAAGCCUAGAAAAAUCCUAUCUUUCUCUUUCUCCUUCCUCUGCUUCCUUUCCAAGUUUAUGGCUUGAAAGUUGAAAGUCUCUGUGGUUUUGUUUUGCAGAGUUGGUGGUUGUGGUGGUGGUGACGGUGAUGGUGAUGGUGAUGGUGAUGGUGAUGGUGAUGGUGGUGGCUAUGAUCUCUUCUCUUUCUUGAAAGCCCAUGUCUGGGUCUGCAAAAUAUCCAACCUUUUUGUCGUCUAUGCAGUUAUAUGUUUUGCCUUUUCGCCACUUCUCAGCUUUUGAGGCUAAUUAGCUUGUCAGGUCUCUGUUUCUUUAACUUGAACAUCUCUUUAUCAAACCAAAAUCUGCAGCACAGAGAUCAUCAGAAAAGAAUUCAAGAGAGAAAAAACCAAUAUCAGCAGAGCCAGAACAACUGCAGUUCAGCAAUCAUACAAGACCCAGCUCUCUUUUUACCCAUUUGGAGCAAAGAAAACAUGCAAGAUCCAUCAACUGCAUUCCAGCAGAUGAAGCCUCACUUCACAGAGCAAGAACAGCUAAAGUGCCCACGCUGUGACUCUACCAACACCAAGUUCUGCUACUACAAUAACUAUAAUCUCUCUCAGCCUCGCCAUUUUUGCAAGAAUUGUAGAAGAUACUGGACCAAAGGCGGCGCUUUAAGAAACAUUCCAGUCGGUGGUGGCAGCCGCAAGAACGCUAAGCGUUCAUCGAACCCGAAACGUGCGAACCCGGAUCCCAACACCAACAGCGAUCCAGCUCGGCUCAAUCGCCGGGUGCCAGAACCAUCAUCAUCAUUAACUCCACAAACGACUGCGGCAACAUCAACUUCGCAAUUCGUGGCUAAUGGGAUUUCCGAUUUGGGUGAUCCGACCCGUUUGUAUGGCUUGGAAGCAGAUCAGGACCGAAAGAUAUUGGACAUGAGUGGUAGCUUUAGCUCGCUAUUGGCCUCAAAUGGGCAGUUUGGAAAUAUUUUCGAGGGUUUGAAUCCUAAUGGGUCGGGUCUUAAAAUGGUGCACAUGGGUAAGUUUGGUGAGGACUUAAAUUCAGGUUUGAAUGCUGGUUCAGGUCAGAACUCAGGUUUAGAUGUACAAGGCAGUAAUAAUAAUGACGGCGGCGGCGAUGGUGGUGGAGGUGGUGGUGGUGGUGGUGAGAGUUAUUUGCAGAGUGGUGAUUGGGGAAAUAGUAAUGGAUGGCCUGAUCUUGCUAUUUACACUCCAGGCUCUAGUUUCCAUUAGGGAGAACACAAAGGAGAAUUAAUUAUUUUGAUUAAUCUUUCUUUUAUUUUCUAGUAAUAUGGCUCUUCUUUCUUUCUUUUGGCGUCUUCUUGUGUGGGUUUUAGCUUGAAUGUGGAUUACAUAUGAAGAAAAAGAAAAAGACAAGUGUUAGAAAUGUUUUCUUGGUGUGGAGGCAUUAUAUUAUAUUAUAUUAUAGUUUUGUUUAUAUCAUAACCAUUAUUAUCUUAUCUUAAUUAGUGAUAAUGCAGGGAUGUGUUAUUCA